AUGGGGGCGGCCCUCCUGGACGACCCUCUUCCAGGGCCUAGCCCAGCCGACGUACGUGAUAUCCGUCGGCGUGGCGGCCCAGCGAUGGGUGUUAGCAGCGAGCAGGCGCUUAGCCAGCUCGCGUUGACGUUUCAGGGGGUUGCUCCUCCCGAUCACGUCGACGUCCACGUUGAUGAGGGCCACGGCGUACCCGCGACGCUUGAGCACCGCGUCCGCACCCAAGGCUUUGACCCAGGGGGCGUUCGUACGCGCGAGGCGUUCCACGUCCUCCAUGUUGUGUACUUCACAAUCAAGGAGUCGCGCAUAUUCUGCGCUAUUCUUCCCGAAGAGCUGCUGGCCACGGAGUGGAUGAAGAAGACCGGUUCCUUGGCUGUUAACGUCAGGGCUAUGGCCACUCUGUCCACGGAUCUGACACAUCUCGUAGCAGAUUCGAUUCCUCUCCCGCCGAUUCAAUUCUCCAUACUAUUCAACCCAACAAUCGGACACGCGCCCUUCUUCAACAACCACGCAAUAGCAACAGCACUCAUACUGCACCCUUUCACAUUUGCCAACUGCUCCACCCGUGAAACAAUAACCUCAUUCUGCUCCCCAGAGAACCACUUAACCGUCUUUUUAUCCUGA